AUGGCUCUCGAAACUUUCUUAAUAAAACUCAAAAACGCAAUUUCCUCCAAACCCACUUCUCGUCGACCAAUCCGAUCAUCUCCUCCGAUCACCACCACAACAACCACCACAACAACCACCACUUCCUCCGUCGGAGUUUUAUCGUUUGAGGUGGCACGUGUCAUGACCAAAAUCCUCCAUCUCACACACUCUCUUACCGACUCAAACCUCCUCAGUCUCCGAGAUAACUCUCUGUCCUUAGAAGGCCUCAGCAAAAUCGUCGCCGGCUACGAAACCUUCCACCUCAGCCUCGUAUGUGCUGAGCUCGCCGAUAGUUUCGCCCACACCGCUGAUUCUGUUUCCAGACUAAGCCGCCGCUGCACCACUCCGAGCCUCCAAUCCUUCCACCGCUUAUUCCAUGAGUUUGCGGACAUGGGUCGUGACCCUCAUGGGUGGGUUAUGAGCUGUAAAGACACCGAAGCUAAGAACAAGAAAAUCGAAAGAUAUGUGAGUGUGACGACGGCUUUGUAUAGAGAGAUGGAAGAGAUGACGACUUUAGAGAACUCUUUGAGAAAACACAGUUUACAGUUACAGAUUGGGAUUGAAUGCGACGAAGAAGAAGACGACAAAGAAAACAAGAAAGAUGUGAUGAAAGUGAUGGAUCUGCAGCAGAAGAUCGAGAGACAGAGACACCAUGUCAAGUAUCUGAAAGACAGAUCACUGUGGAACAAAAGCUUCGACACGGUCGUGUUGAUUCUCGCCAGAUCGGUGUUCACAGCACUCGCCAGGCUCAAAUCUGUCUUCUCCUCCGCCGCAGCAGCAUCCGGCGGCCAUGUAGGCCCCACAGUCGUUUCUUUCCUUCCUCGCUCUCUCUCUCUUUCUUCUUCUUCCUCGAUGAAUCUUGUUCACCCGAGCCCGAACGACGAGGAUAGGCUCAAAACGGCGUCGUCCUCUGCGUUUCUGGAAGAAAGCUCGAGGCUUUUGAAACCCCCGGAGACGACUCUCGGUGGAUCCGGCGUGGCGCUUCACUACGCGAAUCUGAUAGUCGUGAUGGAGAAGAUGAUAAAACAACCACAGCUGGUGGGUCUCGACGCGAGAGACGAUUUGUACUCCAUGUUGCCGGCGAGCGUGAGGUCGUCUCUCAGGUCGAGGUUAAAGGGUGUAGGGUUCACGGCGACGGACGGCGGGCUAGCGGCGGAGUGGAAGGCGGCGUUGGGUCGGAUCUUAAGGUGGCUGUUACCGUUGGCGCAGAAUAUGAUCAGGUGGCAGAGUGAGAGAAGCUUCGAGCAGCAACGCAUUGUGAUUAGUCAGAACAGAGUGAUGUUGGUUCAGACACUUGUGUUUGCAGAUAAACUGAAGACAGAAGCAGCCAUUACAGAGCUUCUUGUUGGGUUGAAUUACAUUUGGAGAUUCGAAAGAGAGAUGACUGCUAAAGCUCUGUUUAAUCUGCAAUCUCCUUCUCCUAAUCACAGCUAA